AUGCCUGCCGCACCGAGUAAAAUUAAGACCAAGAAGUGCCAGAGAGCAUGUGUCCGAUGUCGUGGUAUGAAAGUGAAGUGCUCGGGGUCGGAGCCCUGCACUAGAUGCGCUCGGAAGAAGUUGCAUUGCCAUUUUCCGACUGAGGAUGUGCGAAUUUCGGUGUCGGAACGGUACCUCCGACAAUUAGAGGAGCAAUUAUCAAAAAGAAGUGAUAGCCUGCAGCCUACAGACCCUGAUCGUACGUCUCCUUACCAAGUCGGGAAUGAUGUCGAUCUAUCAGGUCUCAAUCAGAAUUUGAUCUUGGAGGACCAGCGAUGGCAAGACAUUACUCAAAAUAAUGCCCUCCAUUCGACAGAGGCAUUGCCUCCCAGGAAUAUCGAAGAUGACCCUGAUGUGGAAAACGAUGGUCAUCGGUCCCGUUUUUCUAGAAACCCUCUUGUGGAUAACAACCCACAGUUUGCAAAGACUCCAGAUGGCAGAUUCUGGUACAUGGGUCCUACAUCAUCAUGGUCAUUCUGCCGUCGAGUCUUAGCACUCAUAGGGAGACGAGUCCCAGAAUCAAACUGCCCACCGGAUCCAUGGCAUUUAGAUGGAAUGGCUUUCAAACUACAGUGGCGCCCAGCAUCUCCAGAUGAGGUUCCCGACGUAUCCAAUUUGCCUCCGCUGGAUUAUGCACUGUUCCUAUUUAACACUGUUAAAUUCUAUUUCGGCUUCUUAUCAUUCAUGAUUGAUGAGGAGUCAUACCUCCAAGACCUCCAUGAAUUCUACAAGAAUCCCGCCAAGAAAGCUGCAGAAUCAAGGUAUUGGUAUGCGCAGUACCUCUUGGUUCUUGCGUUUGGAAAAGCUUUUCUAUCUCACAAGAAUCCUUCUGGAACACCACCAGGACAUCAAUACGCUGCAAGAGCGAUGGCUCUGUUGCCAGAUCUAUCUGGCAUGCAUAGAGACCCAUUAAAAUGCAUUCAAGCUUUGAGUCUUGGUGCUGUAUACCUUCAAUCUAUUGAUAUGAGACGAGCAGCAUUUCAACAUAUUGGACAUGCUCUCCGCGGAUGCAUAAUAGAGGGAAUUCAUAGACAUGUCCCAGAAGAAUUUGGAGGACCAGAACUUUCAAGACGAUGCAGGACUAUCUUCUGGGUGGUUUACAUGCUGGAUCGUGAAUUCGCGGCGCUAAUUGGUGCACCCAGCUCCAUCAGAGAUGAGGAUAUCACAGUUCGAUUGCCCGCAGAAGUGGAGAGCUCCGUGGAGGACAUAAAUUUGACAUUGCAUGUGCGUCUUUCGAGGUUGAUGGCUCAAAUUUUGACAACUGUUUAUGGAGUUGGAGAUGAAUUUAAUGAUUCGCUCAUCCGAAACACGCAGUCAAUUCUGCACGGCAUAGCCGGGCUUUCCCAUGAUUUGACUUUGUUUCUGAAUAAACAUUUUCACGGUUUGAUUAGCCGCGCUUCGAAAAUGGCAAUUCGACUUAUGUUGGCUCAUCACCAUUGUAUUGUUCUUGCGACAAGACCAUUGGUUAUGUGUGCCUUGCACAUGCACAUCGAACGAUCGGAGAGACAAACAUCUCAAACAAUAGCACUAUCACCUCCAGUUUCCUCUCUCCUCCAGUGUUGUGCAGACUCAGCACAGACCAUCCUACAAACUCUCCAAACCCUAGCUGACGAUGACUUGAUGGAUGCAUUCUUACCAUUCCAAAUCGAAGACGCCUCUUCAUCCGCCUUCGUUUUAUACCUAAUUCGUUCUAUCGCCCCAUCACUAAUCCCAAAUAGCACAUGGUGCGAUAACCUCGAGUGCGUUCUGGAUAAAUUGAUCUCAAAGGGCAGUGUUGUUGCGCCUCUCAAAAGACGAGAACUUAGUCAAUUGGAGCAGAUCCUGGCACCGCUGACUCCGAAAUCUACGAAUUCCCCAUUACCACCUGUUGCUUUCAAUCCUGGUGCAGAUGAGCAUGAGGAUGUCUAUGCUAUUGACCAAGUGGAUGUGGGCGAUGAGUUUGAAUGGGAUCUACUAGGAUUGAAUCCUUCAGUUAGUCUUCCGCCGCGAGAAUUGCUGGAUCUUGCGGAUCAAUUGGAUAUGGAAAGUAUUAUGCAAUCCGUUAAUGGAUGU